AUGCCGUCGGUCCGCCCCCGACCAACCUCCCUUAUCAUACCUCCCACAUCGACAACUCUAUGGCGCGCCCCCCGUCCACCCACGCCGCGACGUGCGACCUACCCGUCGAUGUAUACGUCGAUCAACUUCAAUCAUGAAGCUCCUCCCGUGCCAGCCUUAUCCUACUGGGACCCCGAUACGCCGUCACCAUUCGUAUCUAUCCGCUCACGAGACUCGUCAGACUCACCAAUGAAUCCGUAUCUCGCUCCAUCACCAGAGUCCUCAACCAACCACCUGUACUUAUUCCCUAGGGCGACACCCCUUCUUCCUGCGUCUCCACUAUCCAUGUUUGAUAGUCCGCUUUCACCAAGGGCACUAUCAUUUCUCCGUACGCCUACGCCCACACCAACCAGAACGACGUUCCUGUUACCAGCCUCGCCUCUUCCAGUAACCUCUCCAUUCCUAACCCCGAGCUUUCUGUUCCCGCGGACGCCGCCCCCUUUUCCAGAACGAAAGAGGAAGGUAUCCGUGUACGACGCUGUCAGGGAUAUCGCGGAAAGGAAGGGUAGCGUUGGUAGUAUGGUGAGAAUACGGGAGAUGAUGAGGUUGGAGUUCUACCAAUCGCUGUUCCUCAAGAGACAGAAGGAGAUGGAUGACCGUUCAGAUGGAAAAAAGAAAGGAGAGGGAGAUCGAUGGAAGAUAAAAGGCAUCUGGGGACGGCUGGUUGGCGGGAGAGACAACCGGUUAGCCAUGAAGGAGAAGGAGAUAGUACUAUUUGGAGGCCGCAUGAGAAUGUCUAGGCUUCAAGGCAUAGGCUUUUGA